UAUUUGAAACAUCGCAAAGGGUGGACUGGGGCAAGCUGUGUCCGGCAGUGGCAGCUCAGGCCAGCCAGGUACACAGCUGCGAACUGUCUGGGAGGAGCGGUGGGCAAGAAGAGAUGACGAGUUUGGAUGACUUGGACAUGGACAGGCACCAAAUAUUCGAUUUCGUCGACGAAUUCGGCGACUUCGACGUGUACUCGGACAACGAGAGCAGCUACGGGAACAACACGGGCUACUUCGAAAACGUCGGCACGUGCUGCCCGCACCCGUGCAAGCUGAGCGACAUCCGACGAUUCAACAAGGUCUUUCUGCCCGUCGUCUACUCGCUGGUGUUCGCCUUCGGCUGCGCGGGCAACCUCCUCGUCGUGGUGGUGCUCGCGCGCUUCCGCAGGGCCAUGGUGGCGGCCGACACCUACAUGCUACACCUGGCAGUGGCCGACCUCCUCUUCGUCGCCACCCUCCCCUUCUGGGCCACGUACCGCGCCUCCCAGUGGACGUUCGGCAACGACGCGUGCCGCCUCAUCUACGGCGUCACGAGCGUCAACUUCUACAGCAGCAUCUUCCUGCUCGGAUGCAUCAGCGUGGACCGCUACCUGGCCAUCGUGCACGCCGUCAAGACGCACUGGUGCCGCCGGGCCGAGCGCGUGCAGCUCAUCUGCGGCGUCGUGUGGCUCGUUUCCUUCCUGCUCACGAUACCGGACAUCGUGUACAGCCAGCAGGUGUUCGUGCCGCAACUCAACUCGACCGAGUGCGUGCAAAACUACUCGCCGGAGCAGGCUGACCGGUGGCGCUUCUCGAUCCGCAUGCUGCACCACACGCUCGGCUUCCUGCUGCCGCUCAGCGUGAUGCUCUUCUGCUACACGAGCAUCGGGGUGACGCUCGCGCGCUCGCACGGCUUCGCCAAGCAGAAGGCUCUGCGUGUCAUCGUCGCCCUAGUCGUGGCCUUCUUCGCGUGCUGGCUGCCCUUCAACGUGAGCGUCUUCGUCGACACGCUCACGCGGGCCGGCCUCGUCAGCCCGUCGUGCGACCUGUACGCGCGGCUCGACAAGAGCAUCUCGGUGACGGAGAGCCUCGGCUUCGCGCACUGCUGCCUCAACCCCAUCCUCUACGUGUUCGUGGGGGUCAAGUUCCGCAACAACGCCCUCAAGAUCCUCAGGGACGCCGGCUGCGUGAGCCAGCGGUGGCUGAGCGAGCACGUCAAUUACCGCAGCGCUCGCGGGCGCAGCUUUGGAGCGUCCGUGGGCUCCGAGUCGGAGAGCACGGCGAGCUACACGAUGUGAACGGGGACGGAUGGGGCGGGCUCCGUCGCGCAACGCAUGCCUCUAACCCCGAGGUUUAAAAUUAAUCAUUUUGAUUGUAAACAACAACAACAACGCAGGCCUCUUACGGCACGGUGCAUAGAGUGUGCAGCCAGGUGAUUUCGUUGGCGACAAAAACAAUCCCAAUGCGACGGAGCCAUUGAAGAGAAGGGGGGACUACCCAGAGAUAAAAAAAAACAUAAAAAAAUAAAUACCAUUUGCUUUGUUGUUGUGACGCAAACCCACAUGGGCCACACGGGUCUCCCUCCCGGGCGUGUCAGGAAUGUCGUCUGCAUUGGUUCAACUGCAAGCAAAACUCCGCACCAGUUUCGGAAUCCGAGUGUCUCCAUCAGCAGUCGCGCUUGCUUGAACCAAUGCUGCUGUGCUGCCAGAUAUUUAGAGGCAAUGACUGCUUUUGACAUUCUCUUGGCUCACGGGCAGUCGGGCUUGCUUGCACAAAUGCUGGUGAAGUGCCACGUGUUUCUAGGCAAGGGUCCUCUGUGUUUGAUAUUGGUCCUAGUUUCGACGCAAAACGAUAUGACGCAUGGGACAAAAUUAUCUCCAUGUAGUUCGCGCGCGUGUGUCUUUGCCUUCGAGGCUUAGAACCCGCGGGCCCGGGUUCGAUUCCCGCUCACGGCCAACACCAGUGACGAUGAUCUGAACCGCACCUGGGCCUCCCCGAGGUCGACUCGGCCUCAAAUGAGCACCUGGCGCGGUGUGUAAACAUUGCCACUCGGGUGACACAAGGCCACCCACCACCUCGUGUGCCAUGCCGGCCUUCAUAGGUGCUCACUAACACCACUUGCCCCGACAGUCUGUUAAGGCUAUACAGGGGAUCUUUGUCUUUGUGAGGUUUAGACAGCCAGUUGUCUCUGAACCAAGCCACCGCAUGCCCACAGCAGCUUCUGUUUGGUCGAAUAGAGGUGGCGUAGAGGGCACGGCGCGGGCUAGAGACGAGAUGGACUGAUGUAGUAUGGGUAGGAUGUGGAGCAAGUAGGACUUGCCGACGACUGACACCAGCGGUGUCAAUGUAUCGGCCUCUGUGGAGCAGGAGCCUCGUUAUGGGGAUGCUCCUAGGCAGUUGGAGGCAGUCGCCCUCCAGUAGGGAGCACAGGUGGUGCAUCUGCCAGUCAUCUCAGUUAACCCUUGGCACCUGGGACUGUCCCGUGACGUGCCAGCGAGUGAGCCUCCGGCAUUUCACACGGCCUUAAAAAAGUGCACCCAGCUUGGCACAAGCACUGUGGCCCUGGCACCGUCACUUGUACAUUUUCGCUGUCUAUUGUUGUGGGAUUAUGGUUGCCUGUAGGAUUUGCCGCGGCCUGCCCACCAGCGGCUGCUGCAGCUUGUUGGUUGGUUGGAGUCACAAGAGGUGCUGUCAAGUACAGACGUUUACCUAGUCCCAUCCGUUUGGUGUCUCUUAGUAAGAGUUCAUUUCUUUGCACGUUCAAUUUUGGAGAUUUUUUUUAAAUGGUUAUGUUUUGAUAGCAUUCCGAGCUGAGUGUAUCGAUAUGGUUAUAAUCAGUGGAUCCUGGUGUCAGGAACGUCCAGAGUGGGGGGGAGGGGGGGGUGCGGCACCUGGGGCAACUCACACCGUGUGGACUACCCCGAACCUUCAAACUAAACCACAAGCGUUACAUCUGACACCGUGACGUCGAAGCACAGCCCCCCCCCCCCCAAAGCGCGGGGCCCGGGGCAGUCACCCCGAUCUGCCGUAACCCCUCCGGGGGACGGCCUCUGCCGAGUUUCGUCUGCAUAUUAUUUGACGUUGCAGCGUUACAGUCCAAGGACUGUUCUCAGGAUUGCAGUGGGGUUUCAUGUCAAGGUUGGACAACGGUGGUCCUACGGUAGAGCCCUGAGCAUCUCCACGGGAAAUGUUGCAAGGCGGUAAUAAUGGCGUGAUGUCGCAAUAAUCAUAUUAAUAACAAUGGCGUGUGAUUGUUAAUUGUGAGUGUAGCAGUGUGGUCUGUUGCGUUCAAACAAAUGUUUGAGCCCAGGUGAGGACAAUGGCACUAAAUGUGUUGCUCCGUUGAUGUCCAAUGUCACGGGGUUGCACUUUGCUGGGUGUUGAAUUCAUCUGCGCACCUCCGGCUGGCACGGUGGUUGGUUUACUGCGUUGGUGCGAAUGAAGUUCAACGCACAUACGCGCCACCCGCCAGCUGACGUUCUUGGUCACAACCAUGAGUCAGAUGCAUCCGACUCACUCAGUGCAUUAUACGCAGCACCGCAUUACAGCUCACAUCCUGUGAAAUAAAUAUUCGUAUCUACGAUUAAAUCGUCUAUUUUUGUAUAAUUGCAAUAAUAAUGAAUAAUACCGUUUGCAGAUGACACGUACAGAUAAUGUGUGUAUAUUGAGUUUUUUUUUCUCCCACAGAUGAUAUAUUGUUUGAAUUAUAUAUUCAUUGUGUAUGUUUCAGCACUGAAUACGACGUUGAUGCCUAAAAUCAUUACAUAUCAUGGUGUCAGUGUGCUAAGCUUGUUGCUAAUAACUUUUGUCAUGCUUCGUAAUUGACUAUAACACUUUGCAAUGCUUGUUAAUCUAACCUGAAGUGCGGGACAUCAUGCAUUUACAUGUUACCGUAUUCUCCGGAGUAUAACAGGCCCCCGAAAGUGUGACGCAUCACGCGCUGGUGCUUGGUUGUCGGUUCGAAUCCAGCGGUCGCCCCGGUUAAUGCUGCAUUGUGUGUUUAUCAAUUAUAACAAUAUAUAUACUACGCACCGUCGGCUUCACACACGAUGCAAGUUCAAGAUCCCGUGACGUUAUCCGCAAGCGUAGGCCGUUGUGUGCCAAGGUCACGGCCCAAAUUUGCCACGUUUUGAAACAUUACACCGCAAAUGACUCGAAAUUGAAUUACACAGCGCAACCAUCGCACCAUCCCCCUCCCCCGAUCGCGAAAACUUGGCAGGUCCCUCCUGAAAAGAGAGUAGUGAGACUCAGUGAGGCCUUUUUCGGCAUACAAGCCGAAUAAUAACAAUACUGAUUAAUCUGGUCUCACCCACACACACCUACCACAUUACUGAGACACACACAAAUAUUUGCUUUGAAAGACACGGGGGAGAAAGUGUGUCCUGAUAAACCAGAGAAUACGGUAAUGCUAAAGCUAAGCAUCGAUAUGUAACCUUCAUCGAUAUGUCUACUGCUUGACCACUCAGUAAAUUUGAC